AUGAAGAUCGCUGUUGAAGGUUGCUGCCAUGGUGAAUUGGACAAGAUAUAUGGACGACUCCAGGAACUCGAGAAGACCAACAAUGACAAGAUCGACCUGGUGUUGAUCUGUGGCGACUUUCAGGCCAUUCGCAAUCCAGCUGAUCUCAAGACCAUGUCGGUGCCAGCCAAGUAUGCAAAGCUAGGCAACUUUUACGAAUACUACUCGGGGCAGAAGAAGGCGCCUUAUUUAACCCUUUUUGUGGGAGGCAAUCAUGAAGCAAGCAAUCAUUUGUGGGAGCUGUAUCAUGGAGGUUGGGUUUGCGAGAACAUCUACUAUUUGGGUGCAGCCGGUGUUGUCAAUUACAAAGGAUUACGCAUUGGUGGCAUUUCAGGCAUUUACAAACACUUUGAUUACUACAAAGGCCAUUUUGAACGAUAUCCAUAUAACUAUAGCGAUCAGCGCUCGAUCUAUCAUGUCCGAGAUUAUGAAGUGCAAAAGCUGCUAAGGAUACAAAAACCAAUUGAUAUCAUGAUCUCGCAUGACUGGCCCGCAGGAAUAGAGCGAUGUGGGAACUUGGAUCAAUUACUGAGGAUCAAGCCUUUUUUCAAGAAUGAUGUGGAUCGCCAUCGUUUGGGAAACCCUGCGCACACAAGGUUGCUCAAGAAGCUUAAGCCCUCAAGAUGGUUUUCGGCCCAUUUACACGUUCGCUAUACAGCCAACAUUGACAAUGCUGCUGAAAGCAAAUACCUGAUCAAGGCCAAGGAUGAUCAAACUUUGAACGUGACACAAUUUUUGGCGCUUGACAAAUGCUUACCCAAUCGACAAUUCCUCGAGAUUAUCGAUGUCCCUGAUUCUUCAAGCAAUUCGAAUGAAGGUCUUAUGUACGAUUUGGAAUGGCUUGCUGUUACCCGUGCUAUGCAGCCCUAUCUAUCGCUUCGUCCUCAAGCUAUUCCCCUGCCGAACGAUGCUGAUUUGCAAAGUGCAAUCGAUCAAGAGCUUAUGUACCUCGACAUGAUGCUGGACACGGAUGAAAUCGACUUGACUAUCCCUGCCAACUUUGAAAUGAAUGUUGAUACAAAGAGCCGAUUUUAUACGCCAUCGCCAAACCCACAAACUGCUGAAUUUUGCAAACUCCUUGGCAUUGAUGAUGUGAUUGGUAAUGCUUGCCCACCACCACCACCGCCAGCAAAAUCGAAUGCUGCAACACCUGACAAGAGCGAACGUGUAUCAUCCUCAACGACAAGUCAAACAGUGUUGGAAGAAGAGCCUAGCGAGCACAAGGAUGAAGCCAACAGGGCACCAGCUACCAAUGAGAAACAACCCGGCGAUGAACAAGUGUUACCGCCAAAGCAAACAGCAACAGCAGCUGGAGAUGUGGAUAAAGAUCAGGCCGAAACCAAUAUGGCAUCUGCUACCACUGAGACCCAAUCCCAUGAUGAGCAAGCACUACCAACACAAGAGGGCAACCAGUCUCCAAAACGACAAAAACUUAAUUAA